AUCCAGAUUAAACACGAAUUUAGGGGAAUAUCAAAAAUUCAGGAGAAUGCUAUUGGAUGACAGGAGACAGGGGAGAAGAACCCAAAAUCAGAGAGUUUGUAAGCCUGGCUUUUAUUAUUAGAAGUGGCCACAAAAGCAUCUUAGGAAAAUACCAUGGGAAACAUCUUUGGGAACCUUUUGAAGAGCCUGAUUGGGAAGAAGGAAAUGCGAAUACUCAUGGUGGGACUUGAUGCUGCAGGAAAGACAACUAUCUUGUACAAACUUAAGCUUGGAGAAAUUGUGACUACUAUACCCACCAUAGGCUUUAAUGUGGAGACUGUGGAGUACAAGAAUAUCAGCUUCACAGUGUGGGAUGUGGGCGGCCAAGACAAGAUCCGCCCACUUUGGAGGCAUUACUUCCAGAACACUCAGGGGUUAAUAUUUGUGGUGGACAGCAAUGAUCGAGAACGAGUGAAUGAGGCCCGUGAAGAACUGAUGAGGAUGCUGGCAGAGGAUGAGUUGAGGGAUGCAGUGUUGCUUGUUUUUGCUAACAAACAGGAUCUGCCAAAUGCUAUGAAUGCUGCAGAGAUAACAGACAAGCUGGGCCUGCAUUCUCUCCGCCACCGCAACUGGUACAUCCAAGCAACUUGCGCCACCAGUGGCGAUGGCCUGUAUGAAGGGCUGGACUGGCUAGCCAACCAACUGAAGAACAAGAAGUGAAGGUGCCAGUCCCAUUUUGUCUCCAGCGUGCGCCUGACUCUUCCUCCCACAUCCUUACUGUGCUUCCCCAGCCAAACCAGGUUGGGGUUGGCUCCUGGUACAGACCACACAAUCCCUCCUGCUUCUCUUGGUUCCACAUUUGCUUUCGUUGCCGUUUUGGUUUGGGGUGUUUUAAUCGGGUGCCGUGUUUCUCCUGGUUCAUCAAGCUGCUGUUACUUGCUGUUUUCUUUGUUCUUUGAAGAUAUUGGUUGGGAGUGGACAAGUGAGUCUUGGCAGUACAUGCCUGAGUAUUCUGCCCCCUGUAGACAGGGUUGGUUAGAGGGAAGGAAUGGGAGCAGUGCUGUUUUGUGUUUAUGUUGUGUGGAAGCUCCCUUUGCACAUGAUUGUGGGAAUGUUUUUGGCUUCUUGUAUUUGGUUUUAAAUUAUUUCCGUUUCAGUACUUCAUCCAAGAUGGUUUAAAUAGUUAAACAAGGAUCAUAUUAUAUUUUAUUCUAUUGGGAAAGGAUACAAUAAGCUUGGGUUCUAAUAUCAUUUCAGAGGGUUGUGUUUUGGUGCAGCAGAGCAGUUUUAAUAGAUGACCAAACCUCUGGGAAGCAAAAAGAGAAAUUGAAGGUGCAAUAAAGAAGUUAGAAAGGCAAUAUAUUCUUUUAGCUAGAGAAGUGUAGGCAGGCUUCCCACCGGGAGAGGCACUCCUUGCUUGUACGUUUCACAACACUUUAUUGCUUUGUCAGUGAGAAGUUUCUUCUGUGAGGCAAUGCUGUAUUGUGCAACAGUGAUGGAGGGAGGAACCCUCCCAGCAGCAAGGGUGCUUAUACUUUGGUACUUUAUAAUAUACAAAAUAUUUAUUUUCCCUGUGGCACUUGUGUCUCUCCAGUAGUAAAGUAUUAACUUGAAAUAGUUCUUUAGCAUUGACCUGGUUUUGUCAUUCCAGUUUAAAGGAACAGUCCUCCUGCAUGCAUCAACUGUAGCAGUUACUUAUUUCCUUGAGUAAAUAAGAUUUAAACUUGGUUAAUUAGCUGUGUUAUAUUUACAAUACAAGACACUGAUAGGUUGGGAGGGCAAGGUAGAGAACCACAAAUAGUUAAGUUGGCCGUACAUGGGCAGAUUUAAGGUUCUCCAGACUGAUUUGGCAGCUUUUCUGCCCAUGGAAGGGAACCCCCGGCAGGCCUACCUGACCAAUAUGUGGUAAAAAUCGGGCAGAUUUCUGUCGGACAGGUUUGAUUUUUUUCCGUCGGAUUGGGGACUGCAUCGGCUCAUUAUUGUGGUCCUUGUUCUGACAGCUGCUAUUCCUGUCAUUGUAAUUUGAUCAUUUGGCCCUAUGGCCACUUAGGUGGGCAUAUCAAGGGAAAGUAUAGUAUGUAGUAUAGUUUAUAGCGUAUGACCACCUUUAGUAGCCUGCAGACUGUCAUCUGCUACUCCCCUUCCUUAUCCUAGACACAAAGUGUUUAAUUUGAGGAAAAGUGAGUUAUUCUGCAGCAGAAAGAGUUGACACAAUUUUACAACUGCCGUUAUAACAAUGCAAAUAUUAAUAUAUUAGUGGUAUUCUAGCCAUAGCACAUUGCUCUGUCUAACAAAAUGUAUAAAAACCAAGCAUCAAAAAUAAGCUAAAUAAAUGAUAAAACACUGGAUAACAAGUAUAUUUGGUAUUAAACUGAAACUAUUGUUACAGUUAUCAAGCUAAAAUGAGCUAAAUGUACACUCACAUUGCAGGCUCAGGUCACUAAAUUAAUCAUUUGACAUUAGCAUGUCCAGCCUGUGACCUUUCUUUUGUUGUUGGGCUAUAACUCAGUGUAUAGUUAAUGAGGGGUCCUGGGAGUUAUUUGCAGGCCCUCGGGAUGAGCUGCAGUUUUUGAUCAGUUUGAGCAUAGGACAGGCUUAGGAAGCAUUAGCAAUAAAACUAGUUUCUUGUCGAUAGUCAAAAGUAUUGUAUUAUUGCACUCCUGCCCUUUUCUCUCAAAGUCCCACACACUGUGGUACGUGCAUGCUUUAUACUCUCCCUUAAGGGUGGAAAGGCGCCCAAACAUCAGCAGUAGGUUAAUGCUGAAAAAUGCAGGAAAGAUCAUUAUUAUAAUGUGUACGGCCACCUUUAGUUUAGUUACAUGUGAUGCUAGUACAUUCGCAAUGUGCCUCCUGUUGUACUAGCUCUCUCUGUCUCAGCUACAUGUGUAUAAAGCUGAGGGACAGAAGUAGAGUUCAGCCAAGUGAGAUCAGAUAUACUAAGGCUACUGGUACACUGGCAGGACAUUUUGCCAUGGGACAAAACAGCUGAAGUUUCCUUCCCAGCGAGACAACUUUGGGCUACUGUGCGGCAAGUGUUUUCCCACCAGACAAAAUGUUCUGUGUGCUAGUACUCUAACUACAUACUAAUGUACAAUGGCUUUUACCAGGGUUAUUUAAAGGAGAAGGAAAGGCUAAAUCACUAGGGGGUGCCAAAUGUUAGGCACCUUCCAGUGAUUGUAAUCACUUACCUGAAUCCUCCAGUUGGUGCUCCUGUUAGGAGAAAACUGCACCGGCCUGGGGUAAAUGCAGACGAGUGAUACUCUUUCUUCCUUCUCCUUUCGCAGUGAUCCCGGGCCCUACACUGGUCCAGAUUGAGAUUAUGUGAUCGUUUGGCCCCUGUCAACAAACACAUUGUAAUAGUGGCCUAGGGAGGCCUUCUGGGAGAGGAUUAGAGCAAUAUGCUGAUGUGGUCCUUACUUGAUUUUUAGCUCCAUUUCUGUUGUAAGGAGCCCAUACAAGGGACAAUAAGCUGCUGAUUUGGUCUGGAGGGGCCAAGUCAGCAGUCCAUGCAUGGCCACCUAACACUGUUUAUGUGAGUAUUGACUUAUCAAAGGAACAGUAACACCAAAAAAGGGUUGCGUUUGCCUCAAACACUACUAUAAUUUCUAUAAAUUAACUGCUGCAUAGCCAUGGUGGCAGCCAUUCAAUCUGAAUAGGCAAAAGGCUCAUGUUUAUACAGCAUAUGGAUUAGCUUUACAGAAUAAAAUUGGUUUUAGUUCUUACACAUGGGUCAAAUUGCUGGAUAAUCAGAUGCAAAAUUUAAAUUUUCACUUCUGAAUCUUACGGGUCUUUAAUACCUCAAGCAACUGGUAGUUAAUCACUGGAGGAAGCCCUUGUAGCUUUUACUCACAGUAUUUCUGUAAGUACUGGGGUGACUGGUACAAAAUAAUAUGUUUACAUUUGUUUUUCCUGUGUAAUUGGGAGUUUUGCCUGACCUUAUUUAGAAAUAGAAAUAACUACAUAGACAUUCCUAAUGUCCUCUUAGUAGGCAGGUUGGCCAGCACAAGUGUUAAAAUUCUUCAAAAGCGGCUAGCAAAGCACACCGGACAGCCAGGGCGUUCUGUAAAACUUAGUCUUCAUUCAUGUUGAUAAAACCUUUUACGCCUGACGCGUUUCAUGCAUGCGCACUUAAUAAUAGGCAUAGUGUUAUCCAUGUUAUUCAAAGGGUUUAUGCCGCUUGGGGAACUGUUACUCUGUUUAACAUAAACUUGCAAGUUGAUUGUUCAGUAUGGAGGCACCUGCUAUGCUGAAAUAAUAUGUCAUGUGUCCAUAUUGCUGUGUAGCAGUUAAAUAACACCGCCCUUAUUUAUACUGACUGGAAUGGCUCCCAGUGAUGUCAAUGUGGCCAUCCUCACUCAAUCUGUCAGUUACAUCACUGGGAGGCCGUCCAGCUAGUAAAUUGCUCCAGUCUCAACUGAAUCUUCUUGUUAAAAUGUAAAGUGAGUGCAAAGUGAAAUGUAAGCUAGGCACAGACACGUCCCUUCGACCCCUACUCUUAUUCUAUGCUCCAUUGCAAAAAGAAAAUAUAGGUCUCCCGAGAGUAGUGUUCCUUUGCAGGGAAGCAGGGAGAUGCACUCUGGGCAUUUAGCAGCACUGUCCGUAUGUCCUGACUGGGAAGUAGAAGACAUGAUGGGGUUUUAACGCUAAGGUGAUUUCAUCUUUGCAUCAUGUUCUGAAUCAGAUUUUUCCAAGUGACCUUUCAUUUCUAAAGAGUCUUGUUAGAUGGGAUCAUCCAGAACUGUUUGCUUGUCGGGUGCAUUAAGGUGCUUAAAUGAUUUGUUUUGCAAUAUAUGCAUACAUAUAUAUUUUCUCUUUUUAAAACAUAUCAGAUCUGGCUGCCUUCAAAGGCAUUUGCUUUAUUCCCUGAGUCUGGCUGAUCUGGUAACUGAAUAUUCGCUGAGGGUUUCCCCUGCCGCAGGUCUGUCUGGAACUGACGGACCAUGAUGUAUAUAUUCACUCUCUUCUCUGGCCUCUUAGUGGCAGUUAUUUGUUUAUAUAAAGCACAGCGUUCCCACCCAUAGCCUUCUAGCUUUAGCUGAACUGAAACUCCCAGCACCCCUGAUUUGGGGGGGGGGGGAGAUGUUGUUGGGCAACAGCUCUGUGUCUCCCCAGACACAGUGAAUCCUGUUCUAACCCCCCACAAGACUGCUGAAUCCCCUCUAUUCAUAGCAGAGACGAAAGGAAUAAUGUUAGAAUGCAGGUAAAUAGCAAUAUAGGGUCUAUUCCCAACCCCAUAACCCCAAAGUGUUUAAUACAAGUAUUUCAGUCAUUUAAAAAUAUAGGCCAAUAGGAGUAGCUGUAAACCCCAAUGUAUUGGAUUCUACAGUAUUUUACUUAUAGAGUAGUAACACAGAAAUUCCUGUUACUUCCCCUCUUUGCUGAGUCCCAGAACAUUUCUGUUUAUCCAGAGGGGGCUGCUGGUAUACAGACUCUUGGUUGCUAUUCACUGUAGCCCCUCCAGCCCUGGGGUAUAGUGUCUUGGAAGAAUUGGCAUUAAUAUUUCUGAGCUGCCAUUGUCCUCUUAGGCUGAUGGCAUACUUGGUGCAUUUUAGCCAGCCAAGUACACACAGUCUCUUCCCUCUCUUUCACUUGAAUGGGAAAUGCCCAAAAGCAGUAUUUGUAGCCAAAAAAUGCUCUAGGGAACAUUUUGGGGCGACAUUCUGUGGAAGCUACAGGAGACAGUAUCACAAACAGCCGGCUGAAAAGCGCCACUUGUGCCUUCAGCUUUACCAUUCAUGUUGUGCACUUUUUACAUAAGGGACCAUUUGUUUAUCCAGUGAUUUUUAUUUUUAAUAUUUCUUGACAUGGUUUGAUUGUAAGCAGUGGGGGCAAGCAGUAAAUGCGCCAGAAAAGGGAGCGAUACAAGCAGAAUUGGAAAGUACACCUAUGUAUUGCCUGUGUUUUGUUCCUAUAUUUUACCCUACAUUGCCAGCAAAUAGGAGCAAUAGGUAUACAGCGCAGGUGGCCUUUUCUGCGCUAACGCCAUUGGCUGCUUCCCCCCAGUGCCACCUCUUGUGUUUUCUGACAUCAUGCUCUCAGCACUCUCAUUCUGAACUGUCCUCUCUCUCUCUUCCACACUCCUGUUCUGUGUGUGGUGUAAAGUGGAACGUAUGGUUUAAGCUGGGUAUUAUAUUUUUCUUUGUAUAUUUUGGAAUGUAAGCUGUAUGUGACUAAAUAGAAUUAAAACACUGGAAACAAUA